UUCUGCUUUCGGAUAAUAUGUCCAAUAUCUCCGGAGGAGACGGAUUCUCAAUCCAGUCAGCCAACUAGACGUUUUUCCUCCUCCCCCCUUCGAAAUAUGUAAGAAGGAUUUCCUUUUUCAUCUGAAUUUGAUAUGAUUCUGAGCUGAGACUCCGAAGUAAAGUGGUACCUCUUUCUUCGUCUAUGGUCGGGCAGUCCCUGGAACUGACUUCACGGCCGGACAACGUCGCCCGUGGAGUUGCAUCUAGGCCCAUCCAAAGCUCUGCAAAAUUCUGCUCCACUUUUUCUUCAGAAUACUAAUAUACAUAUAUUCUUCCGAACUAGAAAUAUUUCUAUAUCACACGAACACGAUGGUUUGGUUCAGAAACCUCGCCCAAAUCUCGGCCUCCGUAGCCAGGCAAUCGCCGCUCAACCGCAAGGUCAAGGCCAGGCUUCCGCCGGCGUCGUUUUGGGAGUUUAGCACGUCGGUGGAGGAUCGGUACUCCGGGCUGGGGUGGACGAAGGCGGAGGAGAAGCCGCGGCUGGUGGUGCUAGGCUCCGGCUGGGCCGGCUGCCGGCUCAUGAAGGGGAUCGACACUGCGCUCUACGACGUCGUCUGCGUCUCUCCCAGGAACCACAUGGUGUUCACCCCGCUCCUGGCCUCCACCUGCGUCGGCACGCUCGAGUUCCGGUCCGUCGCCGAGCCGAUCGCCCGGAUUCAGCCGGCCAUUUCUCGCGAACCCGGUUCUUACUUCUUCCUCGCCAAUUGCACUGGAGUUGAUCCCAAUAACCAUGAGGUGCAUUGCCAAACUGUCACUGAUGGAGCAGAUACCUUGGAACCGUGGAAUUUCAAAAUCUCGUAUGACAAAUUAGUUAUCGCAGCUGGAUCACAGCCUUUGACUUUUGGAAUUAAGGGUGUACAAGAGCAUGCUGUUUUCCUUCGUGAGGUCUAUCAUGCACAGGAAAUCCGGAGGAGACUGCUCCUAAACUUGAUGCUGUCUGACGUGCCUGGAGUUACCGAGGAAGAAAAGCGUAGACUCCUACAUUGUGUUGUUGUAGGCGGUGGCCCUACAGGAGUUGAGUUCAGUGGCGAGCUUAGUGAUUUUAUUGUCAGGGAUGUACACCAAAGAUAUGCUCAUGUGAAGGAUUACAUUCAUGUUACCUUGAUUGAGGCGAAUGAGAUAUUAUCUUCGUUUGAUGAUCGCCUCAGGAAGUAUGCGGUAAAGCAGCUAGUAAAGUCAGGAGUUCGUCUUGUUCGUGGAGUUGUCAAGGAUGUUCAACCAGAGAAGAUAAUUCUUAAUGAUGGUAGUGAUGUUCCCUAUGGAUUAUUAGUAUGGUCUACCGGCGUUGGUCCCUCACCUCUUGUAAAUAGUCUUCCAUUUCCAAAAUCUCCAGGUGGAAGGAUUGGUAUUGACGAGUGGUUACGCAUCCCUUCCGUUCAGGAUGUCUACUCAAUUGGUGACUGCAGUGGGUUCCUCGAAAGUACAGGCAGACCAACCCUUCCAGCUUUGGCCCAGGUUGCAGAACGGCAGGGUAAAUACCUAGCAAGUCAACUGAACAGGAUUGGUAAAGCUGGUGGAGGACAUGCAAAUGCAGCGAAAGACAUAGACUUGGGAGAACCAUUUGUGUAUAAGCAUUUGGGGAGCAUGGCAACUAUUGGCAGAUUCAAGGCUCUUGUGGAUCUCAGGCAAAGCAAGGAGGCCAAAGGGUUGUCUCUGGCAGGAUUUACCAGUUGGUUUAUCUGGCGCUCUGCGUAUCUUACACGUGUCUUAAGCUGGAGAAACCGAUUCUACGUGGCAGUCAACUGGACUACAACCUUUGUUUUUGGCCGCGAUAUAAGCCGCAUAUAAGGUGGAAUCGGGAUCUCCUUUUAUGCUUCGAUGGCCAAGUCCACUAUUACCACCUUCCGCUGAUAGAAAUGGGCCGUGAAAUAGGGGGAAAAACACAAAAAUGGGAGGACUUAUCAAUCACACUGCCAAGCUUGCCCUUUCAAUCGUCCAGUAAUUGUAUGCCGUUGUUUAUGUUACUACCCUGCUUGAUCAGCACAUGGUAAAAUGAUUGAUGAUAUAUAUUGAUUCCACUUAAUAUGUAUUGGAAAUGGGAAGCCAUAAAACAGGUUUACUUUCCUAUAUUCUUCUCUGUGCAAUGUACUACCAUUUUGUACGAGCUGCUUGCCCUUUCAAUCACACUGCCAAGCUUGCCCUUUCAAUCGUCCAGUAAUUGUAUGCCGUUGUUUAUGUUACUACCCUGCUUGAUCAGCACAUGGUAAAAUGAUUGAUGAUAUAUAUUGAUUCCACUUAAUAUGUAUUGGAAAUGGGAAGCCAUAAAACAGGUUUACUUUCCUAUAUUCUUCUCUGUGCAAUGUACUACCAUUUUGUACGAGCUGCUGUGCUGUGCACACUUGAAAUAUCAUGGGAGUUCCAGAU